AUGGCCGCUCUCACAACUUCCCACAGUCUCAACAAAGAAGGCACAGACGACAAGGCAGGACCGACAGUGUAUAUCAACCACCAAGAAAUUCGCACAAAUGACCUUGACGGCCUCAAACAUGUCAACGACCAAAAAGCCGCUGGCUAUGUGGACCCGACGAUCAUCAUAUCCGAUGCUGAGAACAUCAGAUUGACACCAAAGAUUCAUCGAAGGAUUCUUCCCAUAUUGUGUAUCGGCUAUCUCUGCCAGGCUUUCGACAAAACCACGUUGACCUCGGCUUCGAUUAUGGGAUGGAUCGAAGACGUAGGGGACAAGGGACAAGACUUUAGCCUUACCACAACUCUGCUCUGGAUCGGUAUCAUCGCCGGGGAACCCUUUGUGAGCGAUCUCCUGCUAUCUAUCAGAUACAUGCUGACACGCAACGUCUACAAAGCUGAUCGGAUCGGAUUGGGGUUCUCGUUCAACGUCCGUGCGGUAUUUGGACUUCGAUUCUUGCUGGGAUUCACGGAAUCCGUUGUUAGCCCUUGCAUGUUAGCUCUCAUGGUGCAAUGGUAUCGAGUUGAGGAACAACCUUUCGUCACCAGUAUCUGGCAAGCUAUGGUGGGCAUUGCAACGACCAUCAGUGCUCUUAUCUCUUAUAUCAUCAGUAUGGCUUUUACCAUAUUCGGGACCACAAGUUCCGUGGCUGGCAAUGGCUUCACGUCGCAACAGCUCUCGUCAGCUUUACCUGCGCUGCUAUCAUCUUUGCGCUACUGCCCGAUUCCCCUACCAAAGCUCGUUGGGCCACUGAAGAGGAAAAGGUUCACUUUGUCGAACAGCCAGGGUCUGAAACAGAAACAUUGGAACACUGCUCAAGCUCGCGAAGCUUUCACCGACCCUUUCACCUUGUGUCUCUUUGCUCUGUGCGUCUUUAAUACCUUAGCUGUCAGGGGUAUCAGCACCUUUUCUGGUCUUCUCGUCACCAAGGCCUUUGGGUUUUCAAACCUGGAGGCCCAGUUGUUGAGUAUCCCAAUCGGCGCUAUGAGUAUGAUAACUUUCUUGACUCUGGGAUUCUGCAUUAGAAAGACCAACCAGACGCGCUACACCAUGAUUGGGUUCACCAUCCCCAACAUCAUCGGUACCAUAGUUUUACUCAUUGUCGAGCCGAGUAACAAGACGAAGGGUGGUUUGGUGGUUGCUUUUCACAUAAUGCAAUUCUUCGGAGCUUGCUACCCCGCUACCUUGAUGCUCUUCGCAAGGAACUCUGCAGGUCAGACAAAGAAAAGCAUAAUCUAUGCUGUCACAUUCAUAGGCUGGGCUGGAGGGAACGCGGUCUCUACCCAGAUCUUUCAGUCGGGAUGGGCUCCUCGCUACUCAACUCGCUCCACCCGCACGAUACUGGCUCGCCGAAACAAGAAGAAACGUCAGGGUAUUGAAUCUCGCAGGGCGGCAGAGGGAGAGUAUUACCUGGAGAAUGCGCGAGCCUUUGAGGACCUCACCGAUAAACAGAAUAAUCCCGACUUCAUCUACAGCCUUUGA